AUGGAUAUCUCAGCACAAGCAUUGUUGUUCCCCUUCGCUUGCUUCCUGUUGUCUUGUCUCUUUGUCUUAGCCGCCACCAAAUCCCGACGGAGCCCCGGAGGAACCGCCGCGCUGCCGCCGGGUCCUCCGCCGUUACCCAUCAUCGGAAACAUUCUCCACUUCGGAAAAAACCCUCACUGUUCACUGACCGAGCUCUCCAAAACUUACGGACCCGUGAUGAGUCUUAAGCUCGGGACAGUAACUACAGUUGUCGUGUCUUCACCGGAAGCAGCAAAGGAGGUUCUUCAAGUUCAUGACCAAGUCUUGUCGGGCCGAACCUCCACCGACCCGAUCAGAUCCUACGGUCACCACGAGGUUUCCGUUGCCUGGAUGCCUCCAUCACCUCUCUGGAGACAACUGAGGAAGAUAUCGGUGAUGCAACUCUUCUUGUCAAAGCGCCUUGACGAGACAAAGUCACUGCGGAUGAAAAAGGUGGAGGAUCUGUUGAAAUUCACGAGCGAAAGCUGCGAGAGAGGAGAAGCUAUUGCCAUUGCUAACGCAUCAUUCGUCACAUCCCUCAAUAUCAUCUCGAAUGCUUUGUUUUCCAUCGAUUUCGCCUGCCACGACUCCCAAUCCUCUAACGAUUACCACGACACCGUGGUUCGUUACAUGGAGGUUUCUGGGAAACCCAAUAUGGCAAACUUCUUCCCGGCACUCGGGUUUCUUGAUCUUCAAGGCACUCGGAAAGAGAUAAAAGAAUGCGUAGGCAGGUUGUUUCGGGUUUUCCAAGGGAUUAUUGAUGCUCGGACUGCGGAGAGAUUAUCCCGGACGAAGCCUAAAGACGUUUCGAGCAUCGAUCUGCUGGAUUACCUUCUCGAUCUUGAGAAAAACGGGGGAAAAGAAAUCAAUAUGAAUGUCAUCAAACACAUGUUUCUGCAGGCGGACACGAACUCUGGCACGGUGGAGUGGGCGAUGGCUGAGCUACUCAAAAGACGGGAGACGAUGGCGACGGCUCAGACCGAGAUCGAGAAAGUACUCGGCGAAACUCCUUCAGUUCAAGAAUCCGAUAUCUCCAGGCUGUCGUAUUUACAGGCAGUGGUAAAAGAGACUUUGCGUUUGCACCCUCCGAGUCCGUUUCUCCUGCCGCGAAAAGCAGAGUCGGAUGUCAAGAUUUUCGAUUUUCUCGUGCCUAAGGACGCUGAGGUAUUGGUUAACGUGUGGGCUAUAGGGCGAGAUCUGAGCGUGUGGGAUAAUCCGAUGGAGUUCGAGCCAGAGAGGUUCAUGGGACGAGAAAUCGACGUGAAAGGUACGGACUUUGAGCUGACACCGUUUGGAGCCGGGCGAAGGAUCUGUCCGGGAAUGCCUCUGGCUCUUAGGACAGCGCCAUUGGUGCUUGCCUCUCUUCUCCAUGGCUUUGACUGGAAGCUCGAAAACGGUGUCGUUCCAGAGGAUCUGGACAUGGACGAGGCCUAUGGUAUCACCUUGCACAAGGCCAAUCCUCUUUGUGCCAUUCCCAUCAAGAAACGUCUCGUCUCUGCAUCUUCUCCAUGAAAUUUGAUCCAGUCAUGUUUUGAUAUACAUAAACAUAAUUAAAAAUAUUUGAUAUAAUUUUCAAUAAACAUUAUCGACAAUUUGG